ACGGAAGUCCUGAAGCCACUUCAAUUCCGCGCGCAGUAACCUUCACUCUUGAAACCGCUAGCAACUUGAAACCGCUAGCAACCCGCAUCGCAUGCUGGCGACGUCUUGAGAUCGGGGAGUGAGGCAGGACACAAGUGACAUCGCAGUUAUGGACAACACACAGGAGAAGGAUCUGCCCAGACCCAUGAGGGUACCAAAUACGCCGCCAGUUCUUACCAAGAGGCCUCCAACGCUACGACAGCAGCCGCGCGCAGUUUCCGUGCGAGCACCAAAGUCCCGUCCUAUGAGUGGGACACUGCAGAUUCGCGUAGAAGAACAGGAACAGGAACAGGUUCAGAGCCAAAGGAACGGACACAUACAGGAACAGAAAGAGGAGGAGGUUGCUCCUGCCUCGCCACCAGCAGUACCCACGACGUUGAGGCAAAAAGAUCGUUCGGGGUCGAUUAAUUCCGCGAGACCGCGGCCGUUUGGAGGGAAGUUGAGGAUCGACGUCGACGCGGCGGAAAUGGUGGCGCCACCGAUCAUUGGAUCGCCGCUGAGCUACUACACGUCCAAGAAACUACCGUCUAACACUCAUGAAGAUCAUCCCGUGUCGAUGUUUACAGGUGCCGAGAGUAAUACUGGCAGUGGACUGCUGUCUACUGCGUCACCAUUCUUGGAGUAUGGUAUGAUUGUGAGCCUUGUGUGUGAUGACAGAGGUGGGCUUGUGGCGGCGGAGGGAUUUGCUUCACGUGAUGUGAGACUGGAGAGGUUGAAUUACGGCGUGGGAGGCCCAGUAGCGAGACUUGGACUUGGUGGGAAGGAGGAACGCCGAUUGUUUGCCGAAGGAGGCUUUCGAUUGUUAUCGUGUCCUUUUCGCGACUGCUUGUUUGAGGUAGUACCCAAGAUGACUUAUGACGCGACUAUCGCGUUGAGGUCAUUGCUAGACGAUACGACGAGACAGCCCAACAAUCAGCAUACAGUAGACAACUUGCGAUUCAAAAGUGAAGCUGAAACUCGAUUGAAUGCGAUGAUGUACAAGAAAUUGAAAGGAACACAGGUGAUUUAUGGACAGACUAUUCAGCUUAGACAUACGAAGAGCGGCAAGUAUGUGUCAUUAGACCCUUCACCAAUUCCUUUUCGCGGGUCGGAAUACGCUCCGGUAUUUCUGGACGCUGGGGGACCCAGCUCUCAUUUCAACGUACUGCCUAGGUUUAAGUUGCGAUCAAAAGGUGCCCCUGUUCAACUCACAGACCAAAUGAUAUUGACAGGUGGAACGGAAUCUCAGCCGUAUAAUUUAUUUGUUUCGAAUCGAAAAACAACUGAUGGAGUAUCGACUGCGGUAGUUGGAUCGAGUGUGCACUCGUCACAAUGGAGAGCUGUUUACUAUGACAACCUUGACGGCGAGAGCUUUACAACCAGUGGUGAAGUGCGUUUGCCAGCCAGAAACGACGAGGGACUCCGCGCUGGGUCGUGUAUCCGAUUACUUCAUUUAGAAUCCAGUUCGUGGCUUGGGUUUCACGGAUCUGAUGCUCGAGAUGCUCUUGGUGGCCCAGUCACACUCCACUUCAGUGAUGAAGGCGAUCAAGAGGAUGGCGCUAAAAAGGCUCUUUCUUCCGAUUGCUUAUGGGAAAUCGAGCAUGUUUUCGCAUAUGAAGGAGGUCAGAUCAAAUGGAGGGAGGCGAUAACUCUUCGUCACCUGAUAACUGGGAAGUAUUUAGCAGUGACUCAUUCACAAUCUCCUCGAGCUACUACUCGACCUGGUCCAACCACGCGACAGACAUCCCACAUAUGUGCCCAGACAUUUGCGCAAGACCAGCCACAACUUUUCCGCUUCGUUCCUACUGCUGUUGCAGAUGAAGAAUCUCAAAUUGAAAACGGAGAAGUGGUGCUGAUCCAGCACCAGAAGACGAACAGCUUUUUACACUCAAUUGAUACGCACGCCUCAACAAUGGCAGAUAUUCGGCUAUCUUCCAAACCGCUAGCACACAAUUUAAGUGCCAGUAAAAGUGGUGCUGGCUCGGGUGAAACUUCAUUUACUGUCGUGACGCUUCAUGGAGCCCGAGAUGAAGAUGCCUUCAAGGUUAUCAGAGUCCCACAAACUGAAGUCACGGACACCUUAUUAUUGAUAUCCUACAAGCAGGCUCUGAACCAGUUCUUGGACCAAUUUCGUAUGGAUUUCCUUACUGGCGACCGAUCUAGUCUUCGUUUUGAAAGAGAAAGCACGGUUGGGGUUUUUAGGAGGAUUGAAAAUGUGCUUGGCGAGCUAGUUAGAUUUUGUGUCAAAGCCGACGAAGAUUUUUUUGAUCAGCUUCGAUGCCGCCAGAAUCUCUUCCGUACCUACCAGUACAUCGAGCUGCUGGUUGCAAUGAUCAAGGCUCCGUUUCAAUGUUACAGUGGACCAUUUUCGAUUGAAGAAGUCUGUUCCUUCAACGACGAGUACAUGAAUUCAAGAGACACAGGCGACGACAAUGAUGAGCUCGAAAUGAAAGGAUCCCCCGUUCGAUUAAGGACGGACUCAUCCACUGCUUUCCGGUUUAGUGGUGGAUCAUCUAACAGCAGGGAUUUGGUUUCUCCAAGGCGUUCUAUAUCGACUCAAGACAAUUCUUGGCGACGUAAAAGUUCGUCGGGGGUGUCAAUAUCUCGACUAGAAAUUCACAUCGCGGCGAUGCAGAGUCUUAACCGUAUCAUCCCCGCGAUUAAUGUUUUGCUACUUCACAUUUCAUGGGCGAAUCGUACGAACGAACUCUACGUGGUCAAAGUUGCCAUGCCUGUGUUGAUGGAAUUACUCGGGAAUGGAUUCCAGACGUCGUUGCCGCUAUCUUAUCUACUUCGUGAAAACCGAAACUUGGUGGAAUCAAUCACUGGUUGUGCAAGCAUUAUCAGGAACUUUUUCGAGCUGAUUGCCACUCGAGGAAAAUCAAUUCGGUACAUGCAAUUUCUAGUCGCUUUGUGUACAUCGAGAGGGAAAGGCGUACCAAAAACUCAGGAAGCGAUUUGCGAAUUACUUUUCAACCCGGCAAAUGGAUACCGAGAUGAUGUUAUCAUCCCUAUUCGACCAUCCAGAACUGGAUUUGAUGUCUGUACGUCCAACCACGUGACCUCUGACAUCAACCAGGAUAUUGAGGUUAUGUUCAAUCGAUCAGCAAAGACGAGCGAAGCGGGUUCAAGCACCGGGACGUGGAUCUCACUUACCAAGUUUUAUGAAGAAUACUAUGCGAAAGCAAAGCACCGGGCGCUCGGACAAUACUGCUACGGACUCUUUCGGCUUUACGUUUCGCUGUGCUUGGAUCGAAAUUACAUCAGUAUCGAGUACAUCCAGACGGCGUUUCCCCGAGAUAAUAUCCUUUACUCGGUGAUGGAUCCCCAUUUGUCGCGCUCGUUACGGUCUGUGAUGAUGGACUUACUGCGGGUAGCUUAUGUCGAUUGUGAGCCCCAAAAGUCCAUGUCUUGUCCAAACUACACUCGCAUUUGGACGGAUAUUGGCGCUAGUGCAGCAAAAGCUCUCCCUAGCUCAUCGUACACGGGAUAUUCUCCCGAAGAUCUCGCGUUUUUCACUUCUUUAAAGAACUUCUCUUUUUCCUACCUUGAUCAUUUACAAGGAACUAUUGUGAUCGACGAGAUUCCUGAAAACGAACUGACACUCGCUAUCUUACGCGUUUCCCGCAAAUUAGCCGAGUUUGGGAUGUAUUCUUCCGAGGACGAACUGUCGCGCGUUGUGGUUCUGCUAUUUGAUCUCCUCGAUGAACGUACAGAUUUUGUGCACGAGCAUCCAGACAGUAAUGGCAUACACAACCCAGAUAUCAAGAAUGUGAAAGCAUACACCUCGUCAACAUCUCUAUUUUUCCCGCCUGUGCUCCAUCUGCGGCAAAAGUCUACCGCAAGUAAUGUCCAAGCGCCUCAACAGCGAAAAAUGUCUUUAGUCAGUGAUCGUCGACCGGGUUGGGGUGCUCAACCCUCACCACAUUUGAAAAAUGCAGUACUUUUCGAUGGAGCAGGCGCCAUGUCCAGUAUCCGCGUCACCAAAGAGCGUGAUGCCACGAAACAGUACAAAACUGUUGAUAGAAACUUGUCGCGUUCUUCAAGUGGUAUCAACAGCGUUGCCGGGACAAAUACUGACAGCAACCCUCAUCGUCACUUGAAUAAGUUACUUAUGCACAAAACUGACGUGCGCACGGCCGACGGUAUUAACGUGUAUGAAAUGAACGAAGUGAACCGCACCGUAAUGGAGAUCAAGGACGAAAUCUGCGCAAUUUUUCUCCUCGUUGACCAAGUCCGCGUUGAUUUUCUCAUCUCGACACUACUGGCUUCCUUUCAGGCUCGGCAUGGCGGCCCUCCGUCAAGUUCACCAACACGACAUCGCGAUCCGGAUGCCAUUCACACAGCUCUUUUCGAUGAUGCCAUAGUGCGUGAAACUGUGUCGAAUGCGUUUACUGGACACUCGCGUGGACUAGAUAUCCUACCUCACGGACACACCCAUGUUGAUAAAAUGUCACCGCUUGCAGUCUAUCUCUUCGGCGCGAAGUCGUUGGAGUGCAAGUUAUCGCUUACUAGAUUGGGCAGGAGAGUUGUGACGACAAUUUUCAUGCAAAUGCUCAUGUACGAGUAUCCCCCACUGGUGUCCAAGGCUUUGGAAUUGCUACUGCAGCAGUAUAAUCAGCACGACCAGUUCUUGAAGGAGAUGCAAAAUGUCCAGUUGCUCGUAUCUGAAGAGACAAUAUCAAUCUACAGUAAAUUGAAAGGUGACGUUGACGAGCUUCGGCGAUUAGCUGAAACUACAGAAGUGUGGAUGGAUUUGACGUCUCGCUCAGAUUUUGAGAAAGCAUCCUCGGUUUGCCAACUCCUGCAAUCAUUGCUGAGAGUUAUUGAGCACACCACACCGGACACGCAAGUUGCGGGUGUGGAGACGAGACCAGGCGGGGCACGCCGUCAGCUUCGAAUACAUUCACCGGGCAAGUCGAUAAGUGACGACAAGUCCAGUGACGACGAUGUUAAUUCUGCUGCGGAUCUUCUUUCGACAAAUUCGAAAUGUACUCCAAAGCAAGUGUCCAUAUCGGAUGAACGUAUACGCGAGCCUACACAUGAUCUCACUAUCGAAAAGCAGCCUCCAAACCGGAAGCUGAAAUACCAAACUGAUCGAUAUGUCCUCAAUCCAGCAAUUGGUCGCGUGAGCCAGUUUUCUUGCAGCCACGACCUUGUUCCUCCCUUGUGGAAAACCAGUCCGAUUGGUAAAGGUGACGCCUCGACGACAACAGGGGACACUAAGGAUGGCUGUACGAUCGCAAUGGAAGCGCGACGACUUUUGCGGAAUUUGAGAGCUGCUCAAUUUGUGCUCAGCAUGCUGAUCGAUGGAGCACACUUUUACGAGGGGCAUUUCUCUGAUGACAGUCACGAUAAGCGGCAUUCACCGGGAUCCCCUACCACUCGGUCUAGGACGAAGCUACAUAAACGACAGCGAGACCAAAUUCGAGGCGUUUUUGGACAAGCUAUGCAGUUUUUGCGUGCUUUUUGUAUGGAUGACGCUGAGAACCAAGCUUUGGUUGCACCGCAUGCCACAAUGAUCGCAGAAUAUGUUCGUGAGCUUCCAAUUGCACAGGAACUCUUGGUGGUGAUUUAUGUGGACAACUUUUCUCUAUACAAAUCGGUUCCGACAGAGUUGAUCAACAUUUUCGUGGGCCGCUUGAUUCACGACGGCCCCGAUCCUCGAUAUCUCUUUUUUCUGGAGACACUUGUGCUUUGUGAUGAACAACCUAUUGUGGAGAACCAGCUACUUGUACUCUUCCAGUUGGUCAAGAGCUUCGAAAACGCGAAAGUUUUGCAGAUGUUUGAUGAUGCGACGCAGACCGUUGGGCUGCUUGGUGGCUUGCUUAGUAGGCACACCAACUUAUUACAGGGAACGGUGAACACGAACAGGAAUCUCCAGCAACAGGAACUAAAUUCUGUUGACCUUGAUGGAUCACGUAUGCCUCAAACAAACCUACCCGACGAUUUGGCAGAUACUGGUAAGAUGCUUGAGUAUCAUGUUCGACUUCUGAACCUUUUUGCUGCCUGCGGCACCGGCAAAAAUACCAGAGUGCAGGAAAUAUGUCAGCAAAUUCUGCCGCUUGUGAGUGUGCUUGAUCUUUUGUGCCAUGAUGACUGCACUGAAGGACUUCAGUUUGCUUUACUACGGUUUUUGGAUCAAAUCUUCUUGACAGCAGAUGAUAUCGAAACUCCUGGUGUUGAUGAUCUCCAGCAUAUCAUGGUGGUUUUGACUCAAAUCUGCGAGAGGCGAGUCAUCCAGUACUUGUCCUAUAUUCAAGUGAAAGAUUUGAAUCGCCAGGCUACGUUGUCACUCCAGAAAAAUAAGUCAAUGGCCGGGAAAGUGAUCGGACUAUCGGCACAAAAGCCAUUGGAGUCGGCUCCCUUAUACCUGGUUCUCUUUUCCAUCAUUCCGACUAUGUACUCAUUUAUUCAGCAAUUCUCGAGUUUUGUGGACACCAAUGAAGAAGCGCAGUACUACCUGAUUCAAUUCAACAGUUAUGUUGCGUUGUUGCUGAUGAUAUGCGCGACGAGCAAUUGGCAGCUUCCUGAUGAUGUUGUCAGCAAUAUGGAGGAGUUCAUCUACGUGAUCGAUAAGUCCGUUCGUCCCAUCAUGUUGCAAUACCAACUUCCAAUGCAGACAUCACUGGAGCAGGCAUGGUCAAUGUCUCUGAAGUACCGAGAACGGUUAGACUGCUCAUCGCUGAAUUGCGAGCUAGAACUGCCUGAUAUGCUGCAAUGGGCAAUUGAUAUGCGUGAUCAAGAGAUCAAAACGGACACAUUCAUUGAUGAAUCGAAGCCAUCCAGUUUGCCUGAGGCCUCCCCAAGUGACACUAAAGACGUCAGUCCUCUGGUCCAAGCUGUUCGGGAUGGCAUUUCAAAUGGGAGCAGUGUAAACGGCUUCGAUGCCCGAACAAAGACUGCCACUUUUAAAUUGGAUAACCUAAGUAUGAAUAAGCCGAUCGCUUGGGGGGAUUCAGGAUCUAAACAACCGAAUCAAGAAAACAAAGAAUCUUCAGCAGGCAGGGCUGAGAACACGUUCGAGGCUGUCGAAACAAAAAAUCGGGGAAGACUCCUCCACAGACUCUCACCGAGACGCUACUACAAAGGAUUGCGAUACAGAAGUGCAUUGUCGUAUUUGAGUCCGAAGAAGGAGACCCCUGUUACUCCAUUUUCUUCUCCUGCUGAACGUCGAGUGUCCGACGCGUUUGUCAUGCUGAACAGUCUCUAUCAAUCCGACCCAAUGAAUUAUCUUUUUCGUCAGCAGCAGCAGCAGUUUAGUGAGCUCGACCAACUCCUGGCGUGGCUGCAAGCUCAUCCCAGAGUUCACGGGGCAAUGAGAGAUGAGCUUAAUCAAAUGGUGCAAGGGAUUCUGGGCAUUGAGACGUCGAUGAGAGAGGAAUACAAUCCUCACGUCCACGUUAGAAACGUGGUGCUGUCGUUCGAUCUAGUGGUAGCCAAGCUUGUUGAAAACGUGGCAGUCUUACAAGAUCCAAGUUAUUUCAAGACCAAUCUAACGUUGCUGAACGUUUUUUGCCGAAUGAUUUACGCUGUCGAAGAUGCGGACGAACGCCACAAUAUGCAAGUGAAGCUGAAUCAACUGGGCGUCACUCGACUGGUGGUGCAAUUGAUCUCGUCACGAGAUAAUGACGCACUGUUUACGAGCAGUAUUGAAGUGGGUGUUGCUCUCUUGGAUGGUAUGAAUGCGGAAGUGCAGGAGAGUUUCUAUAGUUAUUGGAGUGAACCGACCAAUGAGCAAUUCUUCGGCAGCAUCCAAGGUCGAAUUGAAAAAGCAUGCAGACUAAUCCACAGCGUUGAUCGAACUAGUGUCGGUGUGCUGGAUGCCUUGGAUAGUCCUGGAAAUGUUGGAGACAAGAAAUCACACCGGCGUCAAUCCAUAUUUGGUCUCAACCUGGAUAAUCUUUCAGGUGACAAACCAUCGUCAGCGGAGAGAGGAGGAGCAAAGCGAUUGGGUGAACCUAUCACCUCUAUUUUCCGCUUCCUCCAGCUUCUUUGCGAAGGACACUACCUCAAUGCCCAGCGUGCUCUCAUCGCACAACCAAACGCCACCGUCUCUGCUAAUUUGGUAGAGUCCACGACUUCUUUUCUACUGGAUACGUACCUGGCCCUCACAGAUUUGGAUAUGGGCCUUAUUACACAACUAUUUGAAACAAUUACAGAGUAUUGCCAAGGCCCUUGCGUUGCGGCUCAGGAGACCGUGGCCAACUACAAGUUUAUCAGUGCUGUUAAUGCACUUUUGACUCACACGUUUGAACAGCGCGACACACGAGCGCAAGAUGCAGUGCAUAAAUUGCGUGCUGCUAUCGUGAUCACUCUGUUGAGUCUCCUAGAAGGCCGAAGUGAUCAUGUGAUACAUUCCCAGCUUGUACAGGAACUCAAUUUCGAGGCACUGAAGAUGAAUUUAGUGGAAGUGUACGUGUAUUUCCUCCGCACUCAUGGGACAUAUGCUGGUAACGUCAACUGCAGCCAAGAUUUCUACCUUAUUAUGGGUUUCAACAUCUACAUCUUGCUCCAACAGCUAGCUGACCAGAAUACACAUCAAGCGUGGUGGAUUCCUGCUUCCGAAGAACUACAAAUCAAUCAAGCGUGGCUACCACUGCAACCGACGCGAAAUAAGGUACUAUCAGCCUGUAAUAGUGAUGCAGAUAGAUCGCCGGAUUUUCGUGAUGCAUUUCGCUUCUUCCAGUCAAAUUGUGCGAAGGUUGAGGUUGUGUGGGAUCAUCAUCGAUCUCCAACGCAGUGUACCUCUGAGCGCACAGCAAGAGGUAACAACCAAGGUGUGUCGAAGGCAGAUAGUUUCAGUGGCUUCAGUGGAAGUGUGGUGAACGCUCCAUCUGCCGAUUCGGAUGAUGUCAGUACGAGCUGCACGGGGGCACUCAUGCCGUUUUACUUUCCGAUCCACCCGAUCUGUUUUUGCCUCACUGCGAAGUCCAAGGAGAAGCUUGUGUGGGACGUAUCCAGAGGAGGUGACAAGCUUUCAGACUUCUACAUACGCUCUGAUAAACUGGUGGACGAGAUGACUCAUCAGAGUUAUCUACAGCACCAUGUCCAAGUGGCAUGGAUAGCCAGGAAGUCUGAGGAGAUGAAGCGUGUGUCGUUUACUCUAGCAGUGAUCAUCAAUCUGGUUGUGCUCUUGUUUUACCGAGCUACCGGCGUUUAUUCACGACCAUUUCCGGCGAGCGAUGUGACUUUCGUUCACACCUGGGGAAAAGAGGUUGAACCUCCGAAGCCAUCGCUGUGGAUUGAUGUUGCGCUUUCAUUGGCCGGUACAGUGCAGAUAAUCUUGUACAGCAUGGUAUUGAUAUGCUACAUGCUCAACUCGGCACCGUUGCUAAUCAAGAAGGGAUGGAAACGGCGGCAUCGGAAGGAGCAGGCCAAGCAUGCUAAGCGCUCUGUGCAUAGCUCACAGCACAGAGCUACUGAAGGAAAGCGCGAGUCAUUCCAGGAUACAGAGCAAUUGUUGCGGUCUUUGCGUGAACGUGAAGAAGAGUACAACUACCUGUUUCUCCCGCCUUCUAUCAGAAAGCGAUCCGCUCCGAAAAAGCGGGAACCGAUCUCUCCUCGAGUCAAGGCAUCGGUAUCAGGUGUGGGGUCAGCGAAAACUAGUGGUUCGAGUGACCCUAAGAACGGGGUUGCAACCGCAAGAGGUGACUUUCGUGUCCAAUUAGAAAUUACGACUAUCUCGCUGUACUUCCUUGUGCGAAGCCCUCGUGUGAUUUACUCGCUGAUGCAGAUCUUCAUCUCGGUUUUGGGCGCGUAUGUUAACAAGCUUUACUUCGCGUUUCUGUUACUUGAUGUGGUGGAUCGUUACAAGGAACUCAACAACGUUUUGCGAUCCAUCUCGCGGCCAGCAAAGGCACUUGGCGUGACGACGCUGCUCUACUUGAUCGUAGUGUACGUGUUCGCUGUUGUGGGUUUCUUCUUCUUCCGGGAAGAUUACACUCAGGAGAAAGAUAUUACGAAAGCUCAGAUAGCAGGACGAGCACCAUACACAUGCCAGCGGCUCUUCCAGUGCUUUCUAGUGAGUCUUGACCAAGGCUUAAAAAGCGACGGAGGACUGGGUAGCUACCUUCGACAGAUCCCCUUGGGAACCUCAGCACAUUCCUAUGGUCGCUUGGCAUUUGACGUGCUAUACAACAUUCUGCUCGUCGUCUUACUCCUCAAUUUGAUCUUCGGUGUUAUCAUCGACACAUUCGCCUCCUUGCGCACAAACGACCAAGAAAAGAUACUGGACAUGCAGGGACGCUGUUUUAUCUGCUCGAUCGAUGCGUACACGUUCGACCGCGCCACUAAGCGAGGCUUUCACGAUCACAUUUCACGAGACCACAAUAUGUGGCAUUAUCUGUACCUGUUCGUCCAUAUUCGCAAGAAGAAUAUCACGGAUUACAAUGGGCUGGAGCUGUUCCUCGCUAUGCGCAUGGCCAAGAAAGACAUGUCGUUUUUCCCGACUCACAGAGCUUUAUCACUAACGAAACGUGGAGAUCUGGAAGAGAACCACGAGUUGGACUCAGCUACCGAUGAUGAUCGCUUUUACGCUGCAAGCACAGCCUAUGGACCCAAGCGGUAUCCUGCCACACCAUUUUCUCCUUCCCGAGGAGCAUCUUUCGCCUCUGGGGCUCCGUCAUCGCGUCGUGGGUCAGAUCAGUCUCGAGCUCGAGCACGCAGUAAACGGAACAGCAGUGGCACAACUCGUUCGCGUUCUGUUGCAUGUUUCGACUCAAUUCCUGGAGUGCAACCAUUUGAUCGAGCUAUUGCUGGGAAUUUAGAGAGGAUCGAGUCGACAAUCAACGAGUUAGCAAACGCGCAGAUUGAGAUUAAAGAAGCCCAGCGACGAGCAGAAGAUCGAUACACAGAGAUUCUGUCUACCAUCUCAGGUUGGCAACAGCAACAGGCACCUUUGAGUCAGUUUCCGACGCCAACAACAAGUAUGUCGGGAGUCUCGACCAGUGGUUCCCCACCAGCGUUGUCUCGCCAUCCUUCUGUAAGAACGCAAGGCUCAGUUACUCCGCGCAUUUUCACCUUCGAAUCCGUGACGGACCACUUCGAAGCUCAGCAACCCACAGUCUCACCUCCAUUGGAACUCAGUCCGACAGCGUCGAGCAUAUCGCGAACUUUGGAUUCGCCUCACACUGUGAAUAUUGAGAUUGAAACGAGUACAGUGGAAGAAAAAGAAGACAGACCCAGCUUUCUAGAUGAAGGUCAAGACUGGUUUUCUGCUUCUCCAGAGCACCGCGGGCCAGCUCCGUCACCGCAAAAUCCCUCGCGUACAUCGUCUCUGACCUAUCGCCUCCCGUCAUCUUUAGACAUGCAGAGUGACUAUUCUCCAGAUAUGUCAACGCUACCUAGCCAGACUGAUGAAAGUCCGCAGCUGAGGAAACCGCCGUCAUCUCGAAAGCUUGGCGCGGCGACGCCACGCAUUUUUAACUUUGAGUUCAUUUCGGACGACGAGGAAGAAUCCAAGGAAGGGAAUCCGAGUCCGAGACCACGUAAACGGUAACAGUUGCGCGGUUAGAGUGAAAUGUAGUCAGCUUGUCGCUUUUUUAUCUAUUCUGCUUGUUGCGUUCAUGUCGAUGUUGCAGCCUUACUCCGACACACUCGGGCCCG